AUGCGCAUCUUCUCCGCCUUGAACGGGCUGCUCCUUGCGGGAGCUGCUUUGGCCCAGAACGCGUCGUCAAGCUGUUCGCUUCAGUCGUCCGAUUCCCAGGUUGUUGACUACGGCUAUGCGCUCUCGUACUUCCUUGACCGGUUCUAUGCGUCGGUUCCCGUCAACCAAACGUUCCUGAACGAUGCCUUGAACAGCUCCACCUCCCAAUAUUAUACCAAUUUCCAGGGCAUCCUGAGACAAAAUCGCCUGGGUGUGCGUGCCGUGCAACAACUCGGCGCAAAGCUGUCGGGCUGGACUCCUCAGAACUGCAGCUUCAGCUUCCCAAGUGCUACUGACGGCGAGUCCUUUGUGAGCAACGCCCUCCAAUUGGAAUCCACAGUCGCCGGGGCGUACAUCGCCUUGGCUGGUUACACACAGGCCCCCGAGGCCUCCUUCCUCUGGGCCCGCUUGGCUGCCGAGCAUACUGCACACGCCUACUAUAUUGCUGGCCACCAACAGUCUGUCCUUUUCCCUUCGAACAGCUCUUCGUUGGUUCCUGCCUACAGCCCCGGCUACGUCCUGUCCAAUGGAACUGGACAGGGACGCCUUGGUCAGUACUUCCAAGGCUGCGUUACUGCUCCUUCGACUCCUUGCGGCCAGACCCUGUUCAUCGGACCUCUUACUGGCACGCUUGGUGCGAACGUCUCGGCCAGUGCAGCUGCUUCAAGCUCUGCCGCUCUGUCUGCCUCCGCCACUCCUUCGCCGAGCUGGGCGAAGAGGGCCUGGUAA